AUGGCUGCUCAGGUUGGCGCCAAGAGGCCUGUGGCAACCAUCACGAGCUUUUUCAAAGUUGCAACAAAGGAGGAGCUUGAGGAGCAACGGAAACGAGAUGCUGUGAGGAGCGCUGAGCGGUUUGCUCAGGCUGCUGCGAAGAGGGAGGAACUUGAGCGUCGUCGUCUGGCAGCCAAGCGGCCAGUUGGGCGGCCAAAGAAGGCCAAGCCAGAGCACCUGUUUGUGCCUCAGAGGACAGAGGAAGCUCCCAGGGCAAAUGUGCCAGGGGUUGAGGGGGACGCAACUCCUGAGGCGGCCGGGGGGAAUGGGGGGGGGGAUGGCACGCAACCGCCUCCAGCAAAGAAGGUCAGGGGAUUCUACACCAACUGGUUUGUCCCUGACCUCUGGGCCCCAAUUGCUGCUGCUGUCAAGAAGCACCCCAGAAGUCUGUAUGAUGCGCUCAAUGCUCUGCAGCACAUUCGGGUUCCUGGCCGUUCGGGGAGUGUGUAUGACAAGCUGACGCUGGGGAGCAUGAAAACCUGGUUUGAGAGGGACCCCGUAACCAACCAGUUCUCCCUAAGGGAAAGGUACGCAGAGGCAGUGCGGUGCUCUAACGCUCAGAAGGCUGCCCGGCUGGCUAAGGAAAUGGAAAAGCCUGGGGGGAUCUUUAAGGGUCAUCCAGAGGUUUUUCGGAAGCUUCUCGCAAUCCUGACAGGGAUGCGAGACGCGGGGCAGCCGGUUGAUAGCUCGAUCAUUCAGUCUGUCAUCCGGGGUACGAUUGAGGCGCUGGCCCCAGAGUUGUUGCAACGGAGGCUCAAGGGGGGGCAGUUGUUUGAAGUCUCUCGGAGCUUUUCCAGGAAGUUUGCCAAUAGGUGGUUGGGGUGGACCUGGCGGAGGGCCACCACGGCCGCCAGUAAGCUCCCUGAUGACUGGGAGCAGCAAGGGGAUGACAUGGCCUUCCGCAUUGCGGCCAUUUGCUAUAAGGACAAUAUCCCCCCUGAGCUCGUGGUGAACUCAGAUCAGACGGGAGUUCACUUGCGCCCGUCCUCAGAUCUCACUUACGAGCAGAAAAAUGUGAAGGAGGUUAAGAUUCUGGGGAAGGAGGAUAAGCGGCAGAUAACCUGUGUCGUAAGCUCUUCAGCAGGGGGGGAGGUGCUGCCUUUGCAGUGCGUCUUUGAGGGGAAGACGUCAGCGGUUGAGCCACAGGGGGUUGAGGCAACAAUUGCAAAGGCGAAGGGUUUUGACCUGACCCACUCAGCAAACCACUGGUCAAACCAGGAGACCUCAAUGUGGUUUGUUGAGCGGGUGCUCGUUCCCUGGCAUGCAAAGAAGUGUGCAGAGUUGGGGCGGAAUGCUCUUGUUCAGAAGAUGAUCUGGUUGGUGGACUGCUGGAAAGUUCACAAGUCGGCGGAGUUUUUGGGGAACAUGGCAGAGAGGUUCCCCCUCGUGAAGGUGCUGUUUGUUCCAGCUAACUGCACAGGGAAGUUGCAGCCAGCAGAUGUGGUGCUUCAGAGGCCAUUCAAGCACCGCUUCCGCCAGCAGUUUAACUCCUGGCAGGCUGCUGAGGUGGCAGCUCAGAUCGAGGGGGGGAUGGGCGAGAUUCAUGAUCUUGCAUUCCAGUCGCGCGCGCUUUCGGAGUGCCUGAAUAGGGGGCUGCUGGCUCGAGAGCAACUUGAGGUUGACUUGGGUGCUGGGCCUGAGGGGGACGCGGAGAUCAUUGAGCAGCAUGAGGGGGCAGCAACCAUGCUGCAGGUGAUGGCAGAGUGUUUGGAGGAGCGUGAUGAGCUUGAGGACAUGGUUUUGGGGGAGUGGCAGGCUGAUUGGGAUGAGGAGCUAGAUGCUGAUGCCUUUGAGCUGGAGUAG